AUGAUGAAGUCAGAGCCUGAACCAGGAGAGUCUGGACCAGCAGCACCGGAAGAACCUGAUCCAGCAGAGCCUGAGCCAGUAGAAGAGCCUGAACCAGCAGAGCCUGAACCAGUAGAGCCGGAACCUUCAGGAGAGUCUGAGCUAGUAGAGCCUGAAACAGAAGAGCCUGAACCAGCAGAAACUGAACCCGCAGUACCUGAACCAGUCGAGCCUGAACCAACAGAGCCUGAGCCAUCAGUGCCUGCACCCACAGAUUCUGAACCAGUAGAGCCUCAACCAACAGAGCCUGAGCCAGCAAUGCCUAAUUCUGCAGAGUCGGAACCAGCAGAGUCUGAACUAGUAGAGCCUGAAACAGAAGAGCCUGAACCAGCAGAGACUGAACCAGUUGAGCCUGAACCAACAGAGCCUGAGCCAUCAGAGCCUGCAUCCGCAGAUUCUGAACCAGUAGAGCCUGAACCAACAGAGCCUGAGUCAUCAGAGCCUGCAUCCGCAGAUUCUGAACCAGUAGAGCCUGAACCAGCAGAGCCUGAGCCAGCAAUGCCUAAUUCCGCAGAGUUUGAACCAGCAGAGCCUGAACUAGCAGAGCCUGAACCAGCAAAGCCGGAACCAUCAGAUAAUGACCCGGCAGAGCCUGAUCCAGUAGAGCCUGAACCUUCAGGGGAGCCUGAACCAGUAGAACCUGAACCAACAGAGCUUUGGGAGCCUGAACCUCCAGGGGAUCCUGAAGAACCUAAGGAAAAACCUAGGAAGAAGAAGAAGAAAUGUCAUAAGAAACAUAAGACUAACAUAUAAGUAUUAACAUACAAUUCAGUUAUUGUCCAAUGAAACUCAGACCUGUGCCCAAWCCCCCCKAAAAAUAUAUACAAUGUAAAAUCUUCCAAACAUUUAUUUGUCUGGACUUCCAUUGUGUUCUGAGGCCAUAGUAAGAGGCAGCUAAAUAGAGUGUAGUUGAUGUGUUGUGAGAAGAGAGUUCCACACUUCUAAUACAGUUGGAAACAAUAUACAGCAGAGGUGUCAAACUCAUUCCACAGAGGGCCUAGAGUCUGCAGCUUAGAGUCUGCAGCUUAGACAACCAGUGGAGCGGAGUUCCUUACUAAUGAUUGACCUUAUUAUAUCAAUUAAGUACAAGGGGGAAGCAAAAACCCGCAGACACUCGGCCGUCCGUGGGACGAGUUUGACACGUGAUAUACAAUWUAUCUGGUUCUUCUUUAUGUACAUUACAAUUACGGUUGGCUCUCUUCUUCAAUAUUACAUGUACAUUUCACCUCAAUAACAUUUGAAAUAAAGAUUAA